AAAAAAAAAAGGAAAAAAGAAUAUGUGGUAAUUAAUUGAACUUUCCGAUCGGUAUGGAGAAGAAGAAAUUUGAAGAGUUCGUGGGGUCGGAGAAUUGCGCCGUAAGUGAUUCUCCGAUGGUGUUUUCCGACGAGUUUCCGGGCGGCGGCGGCAUCUUCGACAUGUCAUGUGAGAGUAGUGAUAAAGGUUGUUCCUUUGACUUGUUAUUUGGAAUCCAUGACUAUUACAACCCCUCUUUGUUCGAUUUGAUGUCCUCCGUGCCGCCGCUGCUGCAGCAGUCGCCGCCGCUCUCCUCGCCGGCAUCCACCGUGCCGGAGUCGUCGGAGGUGCUCAACGCCCCGCCCACGCCUAAUUCUUCCUCCGUCUCUUCCUCCUCCGGCGAAGAACUUGCCAAAGCAAGUGAAGAGGCUGUUGAGAAGAAUAAUAGUGAAAAAGCUUCUAAAUUAUUGUUGAAGGCAAAAAAGAAGAACCAGAAGAGGCAAAGAGAACCCAGAUUUGCUUUCAUGACUAAGAGUGAUAUCGAUCAUCUAGACGACGGCUACCGCUGGCGGAAGUACGGCCAAAAAGCCGUUAAAAAUAGCCCCUAUCCCAGAAGCUAUUAUCGUUGCACCACGGCGGGGUGCGGUGUGAAGAAGAGAGUGGAGCGGUCCUCCGGCGACCACUCCAUCGUUGUGACAACGUACGAAGGCCAACACACCCACCAAAGUCCGGUAAUGCCGCGGCGAGUCAUGUCGGAAUCCAACAGUUGCCUCGUCGCCGAUCACAACCCCACCGCCACCACCGCCACGGGGCAUUUGUUCCACCAGCCCUUCAUGUACAACCCGACGCCAUUUGUAACGGUGAACUCAUCAUCGGUGAGUCCGCAUCCUCCUCCUCCCCUUCCGUCCCCGUCGUCGCUGCUCCGGGACGACGGGCUUCUGCAGGACGUGGUGCCAUUGCAAAUGAGGAAGGAGCCAAAAGAUGAGCAAAAUGGGUGAAUUCUAUUCAGAGAGAUUUUAUUCUCUCCCCAUUGGUCUCUUUUCGGUACGUUCAGAAUUCAGAUCAGCCAUGCAUUUUUCAUCGUUUUCUGAGGAGAUUCUGAUCUCAUGAUUAUAAAAACGCUUUCUUCUUAAGCGUUUUUCAGAGGGAUUAUAUUAGCUGUGCUUUUUGUUAAUGAGUUAUUAUUCUUUGUAACUAUCUCUUAGCAAAAACAAAUUAAGUUGUUUAUUAUAUAUUAUGGGAUAUCAUAUAAUUCAGUUGCCUUCGUA